CCCUAACUAAAUUUCCUCGAUUCGUCCCUGCCCUUUAUAUAGGGUCUUACUACGCGCGUACGGGCCGAGAAAGAAUUUGUGGGCGGAGAAGAGAGCGGUGAAGCGCUUGGAUUUGUCCGGGAACACAUGCCUUGCGGGAAACGGCAGACAUUCUCGCCGGAGAUGGCGGCGGAGGAGUCCGAUUUGUUCGAUUCUUUGCCGGAUGAUCUAGUCAUUUCUAUUCUCUCCAAGCUCAGCUCCUCCGCCGGUUGUCCUUCGGAUUUCGUCACCGUUCUGAUGACAUGCAAGAGAUUAAAUAGACUGGCGCUUCAUUCUCUUGUGUUAUCCAAAGGCUCCUCGAAAAUGUUACCCAUUAAAGCAAAGAACUGGUCGAAGUCUGCUUACCGGUUUUUGAAACUUUGCGCCGAUGCCGGAAAUGCUGAAGGUCGUUGCGCUCUCCUCCUCCUGGAAGAGGAAAAAAGAAUAUUUAGUGAAGAAUUGGAGAAGCUUGGGAAAGCUAUAGAGGAAGAUUUAGCAAACCAAUACAUUGGCAAGGAAAUUCAAAUGCCGAUUUUUUCAAAGGACUUGUUGGUAACUUUGGGCGAGGACCUUGGAUUUGCAAUGCUUCAAACAGGGGGACUAGAAGGUGUCACUGCCAUGAAUUCAGGUGGCCCGCAGAACCUUGAAAUGAUUCAAACAGGAGGACUAGAGGGUGUCACUGCUGUAGAUUCAAAUAGCUUUGGAGAUAUAGUGAAUUCAAGUAGCUUUGGAGCAAUGGGAAACCCAUUUGAGCGAGCAGAGGAGUUAAAGAGAAAAAGAGAGGAAGAACUUGAUGAAGCCCACCAGGGCAAGAGGCCUGCAACUGCUUACACUACUCCAAGUCGUCCCCCAAUUGGUGGGUUUAUGGCUGAGGCUCGCCAGAAUUAUGGUCAGUCAGCGGCUGCACUGGCUAAUCAAGGAUCUCUGGUCUCAACCAAUGAAGGUACACAAAUACAAAUGAGGGAGGCUGCUCAUGAUAAGGAGGCCUCAACCUCAUCAUGGGUACCCCCGCAGGUGGAGCCAAGGAUGUUCACUGGUGAUGAGCUUGGACUAGGAAGCAAAAAUGAGUUUCAACUCAAAGAAACUGAGGCCUUUUGUGAGGAGCCUGGAAUUGAUGACAUGUUCAAAGACUCUAGGGAAAAGGAAGAACAAGAGUUCAUGGAAGAAUUAAAGAAGCUUGAAGAAGUUUUGAUGAAGGAUGGAACAAAUGAAUUAUUUGACAUGGAUAUUUUACUUGACUUACCGGACCUUGAAAUGUGGACAGCAUAUAUGACGGUAUAUUUUGAGGGAGAAUUGCAGUCCAGCACCACAUGGACUACACCAUUGACUGCAGGUGCCAUGAAUUCUACAACUGGAGAGCCUCAUCAUGACCCUCUUGGCAUGCAAGGAGGAACUGCUGCUGCCGGAUCCUCUGGUGAUCCCACCACCCAGUCCUCCCCACACAAUGAAAAAGUUUAACUUUUCCUUGAUCCCACUGUGAUAUAGUUUUUUUAUGUUUAGGUUGGCUGAUUGUAAAUAUGUGUUAUGUUGGUUGAGCUAUUAUUAAGAAUGAUGCAAACUGAAGUACAAGAACCCCAAAUAGAUGGUUGUGUCGAAUGGGAUAUUUGAACUUGAUGUUAAUAAUGUUUUUUAGUGUAU